UGUUGGAACUAUUAGGUGUGUGUGUGGAAACAAGGGGUGCGAGGAAGUAAACAAUGGAUUUAGGAGCUGUCAUCUUAAAAGCUCUCCAAAAGAGCCGCCUGGCGAACUUUAGGAGCGCCGUCGACUUGUGCGCGUUCAUUUCCACUGAGCACCCUUAUAAGGAGCCGCUGAAAAUCCCGGAGGGAGAGUAGGAGAGACAUUAUGGAACAGAGCAGAGGGGAAGACACUCCCCUUAGAGCUGCUGAUGACCCUCUGAAGCGGAACCAGGCCAAAGGACUGGAGCCCAGAGAGAAAUGGGCCAACAAGACUGAGUUCUUACUGUCCAUGGCUGGGGAGAUCAUAGGCCUUGGAAAUGUGUGGCGCUUUCCUUACCUGUGCUACAGGAAUGGAGGAGGGGUAUUCUUCAUCCCAUACUUUGUCUUCCUCGUGUUCUGUGGCAUUCCCAUCUUUUUCCUGGAGACUGCUUUGGGCCAAUACACUAGUCAAGGAGGGGUUACUGCCUGGAGGAAAAUCUGCCCUAUGUUUGAAGGGAUUGGGGUUGCCUCUCAGGUGAUAGUCAUAUACCUCAACAUUUACUACAUUGUGGUCCUGGCCUGGGCGCUCUUCUACCUCUUCAGCUGCUUCCAGAGCCCGCUCCCCUGGACCUCCUGUUCCCAGGAGUGGAACACAGUCGAUUGUCACAGUUACAACCAAAGCAUGCACAGACCCAAUGCAGGCUGGAUCUUCCUCUACAACAAAACAGAUAACUACAGCGAUAUUCUCAUCUCCAGCCAUUCCAACUUCUCUGAAGCACUGCAGCAGGCAGUGGUCUCCCCCGAGGAGGAGUUCUGGCUGCAUCGUGUGCAACGCGUAGUAAAUGAGGAUUUCCUGGGUCCACCACACUAUGAUCUAGCACUCUGUCUUCUGCUCGCCUGGACUAUCUGCUAUUUCUGCAUAUGGAAAGGAGUGAAGUCCACAGGCAAGGUGGUCUACUUCACGGCAACGUUUCCAUACCUCAUGCUGCUGGUUCUGUUCUUCAGAGGAGUGACUCUACCUGGCGCUGGGGCAGGCAUCACAUACUACCUGUACCCAGAUAUAUCCAAGCUCUCCAAACCUGAGGUAUGGCUUGAAGCUGGGACUCAGGUCUUGUUUUCCUAUGCUGUGUGUCAGGGGGUCCUCACUGCACUGGGCAGCUAUAACAAAUACCAGAACAACUGCUACAAAGACUGCGUAGCUCUCUGUGCCUUGAAUAGUGCCACCAGUAUCUUUGCAGGGUUUGCUGUGUUUUCUGUUCUUGGCUACAUGUGUCAUGAGCUGGACUUGCCAAUGGAGGACAUAGUGCGUUCUGGUCCAGGCCUGGCGUUUAUAGCAUAUCCAAAGGCGUUAUCUCUCUUACCGGGUCCUCAGUUCUGGUCUGUUCUGUUCUUCCUGAUGAUACUGUUCUUAGGACUAGACAGUCAGUUUGUUUGUGUGGAGAGUCUGGCCACAGCGCUCACGGAUCUGUUCCCUGGAGUUCUGAGGAAACCGAAGCGCAGGGAGAUACUAGUGCUGGUUAUCGCUGUGAUCUGCUUCCUGCUGGGGCUUCCUCUCAUCACGCAGGGAGGGAUCCACCUCUUUAAACUGGUCGAUAGGUACGGCCCCAGCGGAACGAACCUGCUCUUCAUCGCUUGCUUCGAGUCCAUCGUCAUCGCCUGGGUCUAUGGUGCGGACCGUUUCUAUGACAACAUCAAGGAUAUGAUAGGAUACCCUCCGAUUGCUGUGCUAAAAUACUGCUGGCUGUUCGUGACCCCAUUCAUCUGUGGAAUAAACUACAAGAGACAUAGGCGACGCUGUUGGCUGGUAGUUGUUUUUGCUCCGCCCAAACCACUGUCAUCCUCCGCCUCUCUCCAUCUGUCCUGUCCUGAUGCUGCCCAGGCCACACUGCUGUAUGAUCUGGUCAGCAGCAAGCCACUGAGCUCCUCCAGCACCUUCAUGCCCAGCUGGGCAUUUGUGGUCGCCGGCCUGCUCACCGCUGGGCCAAUGCUCUGCAUUCCUGCUUUCAUCCUGGUCUCCCUGAAAAGGGACCGUCGUGUGAUCUCACCGUCCCCGGAGCUGCGGCAGCUGCAGCCUCAUGCACCGCGCCUCAUGCUGUGCGGGGUCAUCGUCUUCGGGAGGCAGGGGUCACUCGGCAGACCAGGCGACGACAGCGAGGUCAAGGCUCAUGCGGAGGACACCUCUCGCGUCUGAGGUGCAACAUCUGACUUCUCUCUGGAGCCACAGCUUCCUGGCUGGGUUCACACGACCUCAAGCAAGACAGACCUUAUGUAGUCGACAACAUGGCGGCUAAAAUUCUGAAAGAUUUGGCACUUUUCUACAACAGGGAUAGGACACAACACUGAUUCUGGUGCUUAUGAUUAUUUUCAAAUAGAGGUCCAGUGGUGUGAAAAUGUUAGGAUUUGGACACUUUUUCAGAGGACAGCCGCUGUUGAAGGUGAAAAGCCGAAGCUGAAAGACCUAGUUUGAAUCCACGACUGCAAAGCUGAUUAAUUUCACAUUAGCGAUGGAAAAGAGUUGCCUUUGUGUUUAUUCUCUUUAUUGUAUUUUUUUUUCUAUUUUUUUGUUUUACAAAUGUAUCUUUGGGGCAUAUUGCUAAUAUGGGUGUCAUUAGUACUGGUGCAAUGAUGUCAGUUUAAUUUCAGGGGAAUUUCUUCAGAAGAACAUUUCAUCUCUGGUCUGACACUGAGCAAUUAGCAACGAACCAAGGAUGAGCGGAGCCACAUUACACAAAUUUUUAGACUGCAGACAUUAUAGAAUUAUAGAACAUUAUAAAAUUCCUACUAGUUAAAACAGUGUUUACGUUGACAUCCAUAUUAGUGCAUGUAAUAGAUUUAGUGCUCAGAAUAAAUAAUGUUUGUGAUUAAACAGUAUCUGCAUAGCUAUUUGUAGUAUGCCUGUCAGUUAUGGAUCUAACUUCUUUGUAUGUACAGCAAUGCAGAUAUAACUCUUA